AUGGAUCCUAGUGGAAACCCAUUAUCCCUUUUACCCCCUUAUGCUGACAAGAAUGCAAGAACAUGGGAAUACUUUGUUAGAGCUACUAAUGUAGCUAUCGAUGAAGACGAGCUUUACAAGUAUUCAUCACCACCCCCACUUCCAUCACCAUAUUAUACUCAUUAUUACUACAAAUCUCCAUCACCACCACCAUCUCCAUUACCAUCCUCCACCUUAUUCUACAAGUCUCCACCACCUCCAUCACCAUCUCCUCCUCCACCUUAUGUUAAAAAAUCUCCACCUCGUACAUCUCCCUCGCCCCCUCCCCCAUACAUUUAUAAGUCCCCUCCUCCACCUUUUGAUUCACCACCACCUUCCUAUGUCUAUAAGUCCCCACCGCCUUUAUAUGUCUAUAAGUCUCCACCUCCACCACCUCCUUCCCCGCCACCUCCUUAUGUCUAUAAGUCACCACCUCCACCAUCACCUUUCCCACCCCACCUUAUGUCUACAAAUCCCCACCACCCCCUUCACCUUCACCUCCGCCUCCUUACAUCUAUAAGUCUCCACCACCUCAUUAUGUCAAUAAGUCACCACCUCCACCAUCUCCUUCUCCACCACACAUCUAUAAGUCACCACCCCCACCAUCUCCUUCCCCACCCCACCUUAUGCCUCAAGUCUCCACCACCUCCAUCACCAUCUCCACCAUAUUCUUAUGUAUACAAGUCUCCACCACCUUUAUCCCCAUCUCCACCUCCUCCUUAUGUCUAUAAGUCACCACCUCCACCAUCACCUUCCCCACCACCUCCAUAUGUGUAA